AACAAGGAAAGGAAAAAAGGAGAAAAAAAGUGAAACGGAAAAAGAGAAAGUCGGGGAAAGAAAAAAAAGGGCAAUGAGGACUGUUUAAGAAGGACACUACCCCCUCCCCUUCCUCCCCCUUCCCCCUUCCCCCCUACUUCAAGACGACUCCCCCCCCAUUUGAGGACCCAGUAAGAAGGGGGGGCGCGAUGGUGCUGCUUCGGGGCGGGGGGGGCGGCGCCAAACAGGGGGCAGCCCGGGGGAAGCGGCGCCCCCUAGUGACGUGGUUGACGCUGCGUAGUGUGUGGAGAACCCGCAAGAUGGCGCGCAAGUCCCCUCAGUGCUCCCUGCUAGCGUACUACCGGCAAGGCGUGGCGCUGCAAUGCCUGGGCCGACACGCCGACGCCCUGGCCGCCUUCAGCAGUGGCCUCGCCCAGGACCCCAAGUCACUGCAGCUGCUGGCGGGCCUGGUGGAGGCGGCCAUGAAGAGUCCACUAAGAGCCACCCUGGAGCCCACGUACCGCCAGCUGCAGACGAUGAGGUUGGACAAGAGCCCCUUCGUCAUCAUCUCCGUCAUCGGUCAGGAGCUGCUGGCGGCGGGGCACUACGCGGCCGCCGUCGUGGUGCUCGAGUCGGCCCUCAAAAUUGGCACCUGCUCCCUCAAACUCCGCGGCUCCGUCUUCUCCGCUCUCUCCUCCGCCUACUGGGCACUCAACUCCCUGGAUAAGGCGGUGUCCUACAUGCAGCAGGACCUGGCGGUGGCCAAAUCCCUGGGAGACAUUGCUGGGGAGUGUCGGGCGCACGGCAACCUCGGCAGCGCGUACUUCAGCAAGGGGAACUACAAGGAGGCGCUGACGUCACACCGCUACCAGCUGGUGCUCGCCAUGAAGUGCAAGGACACCCAGGCCGCCGCCUCCGCCCUCACCAGCCUCGGUCACGUCUACACGGCUAUCGGUGACUACCCCAACGCGCUGGCCUCCCACAAGCAGUGCGUGCAGCUGGUCAAGCAGAUGGGCGACAAGCUGCAGGAGGCGCGGGAGAUCGGCAACGUGGGCGCGGUGUACCUGGCCAUGGGCGACUUCGACAGCGCUGUGGACUGCCACAUGGAACACCUGCGCAUCGCCAAGCACCUCAACAACAAGGUGGAGGAGGCGCGCGCGUACAGCAACCUCGGCUCCAGCCACCACUACAAGCGGAACUUCGACCAGGCCAUCGCCUUCCACAACCAUGUGCUGCGGAUCGCACAGGACCUGGGCGACCGGACCAUCGAGGCGCGGGCGUACGCGGGGCUCGGGCACGCGGCGCGCUGCAUGAGCGACUACGGGCAGGCGCAGCGGUGGCACGAGAAGCAGCUGGACAUGGCCCUCAGCACCAAGGACAAGGUGGCGGAGGGCCGCGCCUGCUCCAACCUGGGCAUCGUGUACCAGCUGAUGGGCCACCACGACGCGGCGCUCAAGCUGCACCAGGCUCACCUCAACAUCGCGCGGCUGCUGCAGGACCGCGCAGGGAUGGGCCGCGCCUACGGCAACAUCGGCAACGCCUACUCCGCGAUGGGCUACUACGAGCAGGCCAUCAAGUACCACAAGCAGGAGCUGACCAUCAGCAAGGAGGUGAACGACCGCAUGAGCGAGGCGUCCACGCACGGCAACCUGGCGGUGGCGUACCAGGCGCUGGGCAUGCACGAGAUGGCGCUGCUGCACUACCACUCCCACCUCAACAUCGCGCGCGAGCUGAAGGACACGGCGGGCGAGGCGUGCGCGCUCCUCAACCUCGGGAACUGCCACUCCUCGCGGGGGGAGUUCGCGCAGGCGGUGCCCUACUACGAGCAGUACCUCAUGCUGUCCCAGGAGCUGCACGACACCGAGGGCGAGGCGCGGGCGUGCCACUUUCUCGGCUACGCCCACUACUGCCUCGGCAACUUCAAGGAGGCCAUCCGCUACUACGACCAAGACCUGGCGCUGGCGAAGGACCUCCAGGACAGAAAGUCGAUGGGGCGAGCCUACUGCAACCUGGGAUUGGCACACCUGGCACUGGGGAACUCUGAGACCGCGCUAGAGUGCCAAAAAUACUUCCUGGCCCUGGCACACAUGAUGAAGCACCUCCAAGGCAAAUUCCGGGCGCUGGGCAACAUCGGCGACGUGCUGAUGAAGAUGAAGAACUACGACGAGGCGGUGAAGGUCUACCAGAAGCAGCUCGUCUUGGCCAAACAGUCAAGGGAUAAGGUGCUUGAGGCCUCGGCUUACGGCGCUCUCGGCCUCGCUCACCGACUCCUGAAGUGCUUCGAUAAGGCCCUCGGCUAUCACACGCAGGAGUUGACGAUCCGGCAGGAAAUGGGUGAUAUCAAGGGGGAGUGUAAGGCCCAUGGACACCUCGGCGCCGUGCACAUGUCCCUCGCCAACUACACGAACGCCAUGAAGUGUUACGAGGAGCAGCUGGAGCGCGCCAAGGAGCUGAAGGACGCGGCGCUCGAGGCUCAGGCGUUCGGCAAUCUGGGCAUCGCGCGCCUCAACAUGGGCCACUUCGAGGACGCCAUCGGGUAUCUGGAGCAGCAGCUGGCUACGCUCGAGCAGCUCUCCACCACCACCGCCGUCAUCGACAAGGGCCGCGCCUUCGGGAACCUCGGCGACUGUUACGACGCUCUGGGAGACUCCGAGGAAGCCAUCAAGUGCCACGAGCAAUACCUGGCCAUCGCUCUAAAGACCAAGAGUCCGAGGGACCAGGAGCGCGCCUACAGAGGCCUUGGCAGCUCUCAUCGCUGCAUAGGCAACCUGCAGCAGGCGCUGGUGUGCUACGAGAAGCGGCUCGUCGUCUCGCACGAGCUGAACAUUCCCGCGGCCAAGGGGUCGGCCUACGGGGAGCUGGGCCACAUCCACUCCCUCCUCGGUAACUUCGAGCAGGCCAUCUCCUGCAUGGAGCACCAGCACCAAAUAGCGCGAGAGCUGGGCGACAAGCUGUGCGAGGCGGAGGCGGCGUGCGGCCUGGGCACGGUGUACCAGCAGAUGUGUGAGUACGCCACCGCCCUGCGCUACCACGAGCUGGACCUGCGCAUCGCCGAGGAGCUGACCAACCCGGCCGAGCAGGGGAGGGCGCACGGGAACAUCAGUUUGGCGUACGAGUCUCUGGGGAAUUUCGAGCAGGCGGUGACCCACGGCGAGCAGCACCUCAGCAUCGCCGCGCAGAUGAACGACAAGGUGGCCAAGACUCUGGCGUACGCCUCGUUGGGCCGCGUCCAUCACGCCCUCGGCAACACUACCCAGGCGGUGGCGUACCUGCAACAGGGACUCCAGAUCGCCGAGCAGUUGGGGCGUCGCGAGGACGAAGCCAAGAUCCGCCACCGCCUGGGCAUGGCGCUGUGGGGCCACGGGGACCUGGAGGCCGCCCACACGCACCUGGACCGCGCCGCGCACCUUCUGGACACCAUCAGGAGGGACGCGCGCGGCUCGCAGGACUACCGCCUGUCCCUGUUCGACCUGCAGACGGCCUCGUACCAGGCGCUGCAGCGGGUGCUGGUCGGGCUGGGGCGCAACGAAGAGGCGCUGCUGGUGGCCGAGCGGGGCAGGACCCGGGCCUUUGUCGACCUGCUGCUUGAGCGUCAGGGCGCCUCUACCGCCUCCCGCGCCUCCAGGAUCGAGGACUCCACGCCCAGCUCGGUGGAACAGAUUGUUGACAUCGUAAACCGGCAAAAGGCGUCGGUGCUUUACUACAGCAUCGCCGCCGGCUGCCUCUACAGCUGGCUUAUUGUCCCCAACAAAGGUGUUGUCAAGUUCAACGAGGUGAGCGUCAGCGAGGUAGAAGCCGAGCGCGAGGGUGACUGCGGGGAGGACGCCACAGGUACCACGGGCUCCUUGCUGGAGCACUACAUCCAGUCGGUGCGGGACGCUCUAGGCGUGGAGUGUGGCGCCGGGGUGACCCGCGGUGGCAUCGCCAGCGAGACGGAAAGCGAGGCCGGCGACAUGUGGAACGCCCACCUAGAGGAACUGGGCGACAAGCUGAACCACGAGGCCGACAGGACGGGUUUCCUGCGCAUGGUGAACAGGAACCAUCUGUUCAACUCGUCUAACUACUCCCUGUCGUCCCUCUUCUCGCUGGGGUCCGUCAGCGGCUCCAUCGCCUCCGGCCCCGCCUCGCGACCUGGCUCCACUCGCUCUCGCAAGGUCACCUGGCAAGGCCCCUCCUGCCUACGCUCCCUCUAUGAGCUGCUCAUCGCUCCCAUGGAGGACCACCUGCCCGAGGCCGGGGUGUCUCGUGAGCUGAUGCUGGUGCUGGAGGGGGACCUCUACCUCGUGCCCUUCCCCGUUCUCAAGGGCACCAACUGCAACGACUACCUGUGCGAGCGGUACUCCCUGCUGGUGGUGCCGUCCAUCAGUGCCCUCAAGGUGAGCCAGCGCUCCAAGAACUCCAAGCCCAGCGGCGAGCAGACCACGGCGCUUGUGAUCGGCAACCCCAAGCUGCCCAGCACCGUCACGGAGCAGUGGGGGUGGGGCGACAUCCCCUACGCUGAGCAGGAGGCAACCAUCGUGGCCGAGAUGCUGCAGACCAAGGCACUCACGGGCUCCUGCGCCAACAAGGAAGCCAUUCUGAGGCUGAUCAGCCAGGUGGAGUGCAUCCACCUGGCUUCCCACGUGUCCUGGAAGCUGUCUGCGGUGAUACUCUCCCCGGGGGAGUUCGUGGAGUCCCGCGCCUCCAAGCGGCUGUCACACUCCUCCCAGCCCGAGGCCAUCCACGAGCACCUGGACGACGAGGGCUCAGAGAUCGCCUCCACCAUCGACCUCCCCGCGCUCUCAGAAUUCCUGCUGACGGCGGCGGACAUCCUCAACCUGAAGCUGCGGGCCAAGCUGGUGGUGGUGUCGUCCUGCCACACGCGGGACCACCACGGGCGGGCCAACAGUGACGGCGUGGUGGGCCUCACGCGAGCCCUGCUGGCCGCAGGGGCCCAGUGCGUCCUGGUGUCCCUUUGGCCCGUUCCGGACACUGCCGUGAAGAUACUCUUUAGGACUUUUUACUCUUCACUUCUGCAGGGUGCGCGAGUAAGCCGGGCACUGUCAGAAGCUCAACAAACCGUCCAAACCACCAAGCACUUCGCCCACCCCGCCAACUGGGCCGGCUUCCUCCUCGUGGGUGCCGACGUCAAGCUAUCCAACAAGGUGGCACUGAUGGGCCAGGCGCUGUGCGAGCUGCUGAGGACGCCGGAUAAGUGCAGGGACGCCCUCAGGGUGACUCUUCACCUGGUGGAGAAGUCUCUGCAGCGGAUCCACCGCGGGCACCGCAACGCCAUGUACACCACACAGAAGUCCAUCGAGAACAAGGUCGGCAACGUGUCCGGCUGGAAGGACCUGCUCAUGAGCGUCGGCUUCAGGUUUGAACCGGCGGCCAACGGCAUCCCCAGCAGCGUGUUCUUCCCUCAGAGCGACCCAGGGGAGCGGCUCACCCAGUGCUCCGCUUCCCUACAGGCCCUGCUGGGACUCUCCCAGAUAUCCCUGCAGGCAGUCUCAAAGCUGCUGGAUUCGCCAGAGUACGCGGAGGACGUGAUCUCGGUGAUGCGGUGCGUCAUCACCCAGUUCACCGUGAAGGACCUGGAAAACGAGUCCAUCGAGGUGCCCGUCCACGUGAAGCUGUGGCGGGUGAACGGCUGCCACGAGCUGCUGGCCUCUCUAGGCUUCGACCUGAUGGAGGUGGGCCGUGACGAGGUGACGCUGCGGACGGGCAAGCAAGCCAACAAACGCAAUAUUCAGUUCGCGCACCAGGCUCUCCUGGCGCUUUUUGUCACUUGUGGCGAUGUUUCAGACACUCAAGACGCGCCCAAGAGUCUCAGCGUGGACUCCAGUAGCAGCCUCGAGUCCCUUGUCAGCUCCGAUGACGAGGAUGAGUCCGUGGCAGCCCCGCCGCCUCCCCCACCCCCUUCUCAGCCCCUGCCGCCGCAUCGUCCAGCCCCGCUGCUUCUGGGUCGUGGCGCCUUCUCUAGCUACGUUAGGAACCGUGGCGAGCCUGACGGGGCGCGGGCCUCCACCAGCGAGCAGAAAGGGCGGGAGAGCGACGCCGCCUUCACGCCCUCCCCUGUGGACCCAGUGGCCAAGUACUCCCAGGCCUUUCGUAAUGCACAUGGGCCUCCCAGCGACACCGGGUCCCCGCAGCCCUCCCCGCGGCUUUCCCUCACGCUGGCACACCAAAACAAGAUCCGUUCUAUGUACACCUCGGCGUCCCCGGCGAGUGAUGGCGGCGGGAAGCGCCCGGACAGCUCGAGCAGCACCAGCAGCAUGACGGACUGGGAGAGCGGCCAGGCCACGGUGCGCCGUCAGCCUCUGGCUAAGCCCGCCAUCGCCCCCAAAGCCCCGCCGCCCACACACAGCCGAGUCAGUGACGUGAGCGCCGGAUUCAUGCGGCCACAGUACGUCACCAUCAACAAGAGCAACUCCCAGGCGUCUUCCGGGUUUGAAUCACAAAGUUCAGACUCCGACUUUGGUCCGCGGCGGACGGGGACGGUGCGCAGCGUGUACACCACCGUGGGCAGCGCCGCUACGCUCAGACUCAGCAAGGGCUCCACCAUGGACACGCUGGACCGCCUCAGCGUCCGCACCGAGGUAGGCCGCCCGAGCCUCGGUGGGGCUAGAGGACGCCGUGACCGUAGCAGUGAGCGGGAACUGUCCGCCGAGGCAACGGAGGGUCAGGCAUCAACUUCUGCCGCCGCCGUGCCCGCCCCCGCCGCCGAGGCCCCCGAAACCCGGCCUGCAGUGCCUGUCAGGAAGAUGCCAGAAGUACAGCUGGACUCCUCCAUCGGUAAGUUGCUGCGGCCAAGAACAAACCACGCGGCGACCAUCCACGAGAACGACUCACUCUACAACUACCGCUCAGGAGACGAAAUGUCUAUGAAAAUGAGCCACAUGGGCCACAAGAGCAUCCAGGACCAUAUCAUCGCCACACAAAUGUCUCGCCUCAACAGGGAGAUGCCUAUCAGCGACGUCUACCAUGAGAGGAACCUUGGCCUGGGCCUCGCGCCGCCUCUCUCCAAGCUGCUCAUGUCCGCCGCGCAGCCCAUCGUGGCGGGUGACCACGCCGACGCGGAGAGCAAGUCCGCCUCGGAGGACAGCUUCGGAAACUUCGACAAACUGUCCCUGGCUGACGACAACCAGUUGGCAUUGCCUCCAAAGCCUGACUUCAAGCCAAAGCCACCGCCCAUCCCGCCUAAGAGGUUUGGGCCCAAGCCGUGGGUGUCCGCCCACCCACAGGUCCCAACCAUGGGCGUCACUCUGGACGCCUCCACUGGGCUGCCGCAGUCCAACGUUGUGUCUGAGCUUAGCCGAAGAGACGAGGGCGACGGCCGCUCCAUGACGGACUCCCACUACUCCGGCUACUCCCCCUCCAGGAACAACGGCAUCAACAAGCCGGGUGACCUCAGCGGCCCCGUGCCCUCCUCCUCCCAGAGCAGAAGCUACUACGACCUGAAGAGCAGCUCGGGAGUGGGCGGCGCCGAGCGGGAGCAGGACACUCUUGGAGCUCUGCCAUCGGCGAGCAUGGCCUCUCGAGGGGACGAGCCGCUGCACCACACCGUCGCGGAGCUCAACACCUACGCGGCCUUCAACCCCGCUUACGAGCACGACGAGCCCAUGAGCGUCGGGUCCGUCGGGGCGCGCAUCGGGUCCUCGGAGAUCGCGGAGUACAUGGAGCAGCUCCUCGGCACGACGGAGCCCUCGGAGAAUGACCAGUCCGACGAGGCCUCCGAGGCGAAGAGCAAGACCUGCAAGCGGCCGGGCAAACACCCCUCGGCGUGGAGCAAGUCAAAGACCCACAAACAGUUCUCCCAUCACACGCAGCAGUCCUCGUCCUGCUAGCGAUUACUACUUCGCGCCGGCGACACGUCUCCGGCGCUGUCCCGCUGUACAUAGUGUCUAGGAGGAGAAAGCAGGAGUAGGUGGAGGAGAAGUAAAGAGGAGGAAUCUAUGGAGGAGCAAUAGGAGCAGAACCAGUAGGAGGAGGAGGUAAAACAUGGAGUAGGAGGAGCAAGAGCAAAAACAAUAGGAGCAGGAGAAGGAGAAGUUGUAGCAGGAGUAGAAGGAGUCGUAGUAGGAGGAGUAGGAAGAAGAGGAGACGUCUGCAAUAAACAAGUCUGAGGGGCGGGCGUGGUGCAGCGUCCCCCGCUAACCCUAUCCUGUCUUUGCCAAGUUUGAGUGCCAAGUGUGAGAUGCCAUAUCAAGGGUUUUGGGAGACAAGGACUCCUGCACGGGGACAUCCUUCGGUGCCAAAGCAUUACCUAUCCGUCCCUGCCACGCGUUGUCUUCCCAAAGCAGUUCAAAGACAGUGAUGUAAAUGUAAAUCCAAGUGCAAACCACUUAUCCGACCCGCCAUAGCUGAUUCCAAAGGCUGAUGGAACUAAUUUUUUUUUCAGUUUUUUGAGUUUUUGUUUUGAGUUGAGAGAAAGAUCGUUUUGGGAAUGUGCGGAUUUGAGGAAGAGAAAAAGUAACAUUUCUCUUUCUUUUUCUUUGUAUCUCUUUCCCAAUGCUAAAGAAACACUUAUAAAUCUUUCUGUAUUACAAUUUAAACUCAAUUCCAUGUUCCUAUUGUCUCUUUCCCUUGACUUUGGAGGAGAAAAAGUUACAUAUGUCUUUUUUUCUCCUUUUCUCUCUCUCUCUCUCUCUCUCUCUCUCUGAGCUACAGAAACAUCCACAAAUCUUUCUAAAUCACAACUUAAACUCAAUUCCAUAUUCCUGUUAACUUUUUCCCUUGACUUAGCUUCUCUCUCACUCUUUUCUCUCAUACUCCAAGUCACUCCUUUCCUCCCUCUCUCCGUCUCGUCCACCUGCCCAAAACAGAUCCACUCGACGCUCCCGCACGCAAAAUCUCCAUCCAUCAGUUCGCCAAAUAACCUUAAACACUCCCUCAAAAGAACUACCGCAAGAUAUGAAAAUAAUGUGCCUUGGGUAUCGAUUCUUUCUUCCCUUCAUUACGUGUCAGGUAAAUUAGUCACCUGGAAAAUGUUACCUGGCAUGGAGGUUAUUUAGGAGGAGGAGGAGGAGGAGGAGGAGGAGGAAGAGGAGGAGGAGGAGGUGUGAGUGCAAGAGAGGAUGAAUAGAGAACAUGACUCAAGGUUGUGAAGGACAUUUUAUACCCAGUGAGAUUGUUUGUUUGUAUGUGUGUUUGUGUUUGUUUGUGUGUGUGUGUGUGUGUGUGUGUGUGUGUGUGUGUGUGUGUGUGUGUGUGUGUGUGUGUGUGUGUGUGUGUGUGUGUGUGUGUGUGUGUGUGUGUGUGUGUGUGUGUGUGUGUGUGUGUGUGUGUGUGUGUGUGUGUGUGUUCGGGAAAAUGGUCUAGUGCUGUGCCACAAAAAAACACAGGUGGUGUGUUUUUUUCUGUAUAUUGUGAUAUAUAUUAUAUGAUUUACUGUAAUAUAUCUCCGUGUAUUAU